AUGUCUGCUGUGUUCAGGAAUAGGGGCCUGAACAUAGAGAAUGACAAAGAUCUUCAUGAUUUAAUUAGAUCAUUUGAGACGACGAAAUCAAGAACUUCGCUCACCCCUAGUUGGAACCUAGAUGUGGUCCUCAGAUAUCUUAUGUCAGAGAGAUUCGAGCCUCCUGAUAAAGCGUCUUUCAGAGACAUAACAAGAAAAUGUAUUUUCCUGAUAGCUCUCGCUACUGCAAAAAGAGUAAGUGAGUUGCAAGCUCUAGACUCAAGAGUAGGUUUUAAGGGAGACUCGGCAGUAUUGUCUUUCAGGCCUUUGUUUUUAGCGAAAAACGAAAAUCCCUCGAGACCUUGGCCUAGAACUUUUGAAGUAAAAGGGCUUUCUCAAUUAGUGGGAAAUGAGAUGGAAAGAGCAUUAUGCCCUGUUAGAGCAUUAAAGUUUUACUUGCAAAAGAAGAAACAGUUGCAAGGUUGCAAUCAAAGCCUCUGGUGUGCUGUUAAAGACCCUAAAAGACCAAUGUCAAAAAAUGCAUUAGCCUUUUUUGUUAGAAAUGUAAUAACUGAAGCUCACAUGAGCUGUGAUAGUAAUUCAUUUAAGACAUUAAGGGUUAAAGCACACGAGGUACGUGCAAUUGCUACAUCGUUAUCGUUCAACAAGAACAUGUCCAUGAAGAACAUCUUAGCAGCCACGUAUUGGAGGUGCAACUCUGUGUUUGCCUCACAUUACUUAAGAGAUAUGGUCCACAUUUAUGAGAUCUUGCAGAGUUUUUCAUCUCUUGGAAUCUGUAAAGUAGGAGAUUCAAGUUUAAUUGAGGGAACAGCACCACCACUGGAACAGCUCAAGUUCUGGCGAGGUUGUUUAGAUAAAGUAUGGCAGGUUCACCAUAUUACUGGUCAUGGUCAUCUUCAGAAGGAUUCCCUCAUUAGUGAUAGGUUUUUAGACCACCUUGCUAACUCAAAACACCUAAGUGUGAUUCAGAAGGAUACUGGAGCAAAUGUGAUUCCUGGACAUCUUCGGGAAAAGUACAGAGCAAAUUGCAAGUAUGUGAAAAGUAUUCCUUAUGACGAGGUACUGUUGGAAGCUGAAGAAAAACUGAAAGAAUUACAUAAUCAUUGUAGCAGUGUUGAUAAGAAAUGGAAGAAUUCACCACUAAUUACCAGAGACAUUGAUGGAGCACAGCAACAGCAGGCAUUGUGUGAUUCCAUAUCUUGCGUAACAAAGCAACAAGAUCUUUUUCAAGGUGUUUAUUCCACAUAUAUUUCUCCAUGGACAAAAUCAUCAUCUCAGCUGGAUUUACCAGAUACAGGCCCCACAAUUCAUGAAGCUACGACAAAGCUAUAUAAUCUGACUGUGGUUCUAAAUUCCAUGGAAGAAGUAUCACAGAAGUGCUGGGAACUUACAGAGCAAGGAAAACAGAUGAGAAAACAUAGAAACCGUCCUUCUCCAAUCAUGUCAAUGCUUCAGGACAUUGUGACACUUGAGCAGAAUCCAAAACCUAUUGGCAUUACAAAAUCAUAAGUUCUUAGGUGAACAUUUGAACACAAGGAAAUGAAAGAAACAUGGGCACAAAACAACCAGCUUGGGAGGAGAGCAAAGCGAUAGCAUCUUACUCUCCAAGGCAGUUAAGGAAAUAAUAAAUACGUCACGAGGCUGUGCGAGGCCUCUGACCAGCUAUCACCUCGUAUGUGCAGGAGUUGCCAGAUCUCACAGAUUUCUUGCUUACAAUCUUGUUUUCACAUGGUUACCAGCUAGCUCUUGGAAAUAUCCUAUUGUUAAGACCAAAGGUUUGUUAGCUAUGAAAAAUACAAAUUGAUUAAAAAAUUU